AUGCGUUCAUUACGAGUAGCUUUCGCUUCACUACAUAAAUUACAUACUUAUUCUAUGCAUAAAGAUGUUGAUCAAGAACAGAGUGCAAGAGCUAUAUGUAGUAAAGCAAAAGCUACUCGUAAUGAACGCGUGAUAAAAUCGAAUAGAAAAGUUGAUGUUAAAACGAGUACGAAUAUAGAAGUUCUUCCCAUUGUACAAGAUAAAGGUGGAAGCGAUCAAUCUAUAUGGAGAACUACGAGUGCAGAAAUCUCGAAUCUUUAUCAGAGAGUAAAAAGUGGACAAAUACUUAAAAAGACAGAUAAAGAUGAAUAUUUGCCGUCAAGAUUUCUAGGAGCUGGCAAAAAAUGGUUUUUAGCGCCUGGAAUGGAGCACAUAGAAGGGUUACAUUUGGAUCUAAUGAUUUCUGAGAUGUUUCUUGAAAUAUCUAAAAAGCAGGUCUUAAACGAAAAAACGAUACAUUUACUUAUUCAAUGUAUAGAUAGUCUCGAUGGACUUGAAUGGAAAAUUCUCGAUGGACCCGCUGGAAGAGCAAGUGCUAUAAGAAAUUAUACACUUUUCCUUAAAGCUGCUCUUUUUCCUUUACAUAUUCUACAAUUAUUUAAAGGUGGUUUUGCUGUAAAUGAAGGCGAUAUAUCCGAAAGAUUAAUAUCUAAAUUAAAAGCUAUAAGAAUUAAUGCCAUAUCAGCCAUUUAUAAUUGUACGACACGAAAUAAAGGGAUUUUAACAGACGAACGAUUGAAUCAUAUUCAAAAAUAUAUAGACGACGAUGAUAAGGAAUUUACAAAUUGGAUCAUUCAAAUAUUAGUGUUGAUUGAAGAUACUAAGAAUGUUGAUUAUGCGAAAGUAUUCAGUGAAUGUUUGAAACAAUUAGAAGAACAAGGUGAGAAUUUAAUUCAUGCUAUUAGUUAUAUUUACGAACAGAGUAAAGAUAUGAAUAGAUGUAAAGAAUUAUUUGAUGAAAACUCAAUAACGAUAAUUAGUAGUGUAUUUGCCAAACAGGAUUUAAGUCAACAUGAGAAAUUACUUGUCUGUUCGAUAAUAAACAAUUAUCUUCAAUCUAGUUACAGUAAAGGUUUGAACGAAAUUCAACUUAGAAAUUAUGUUUGUCUAUUGCAUCGUUCGCAAGAUAGCGAAGAUUUAAAACUUGAAGCAUUAAAAUCCAUUGUCUUAACUGUCGAGAAGGAGAAAAUGUUACCAGAAUUUAUGAUGGAAAUUCUCAUUGAAAAUAUGAAUCAAGGUGAUGAUAAAUUUGAUAAUUUCGUUAUCCUAGUUCUGGGAAUUGUUGCCGAACAACAAGCAAUCUUCAAGGUAGAUUGCCUAGCAAGUAAAUUGUUAGAAGACAGUAUUAUAAUUAGAGACGAAGUUGAUAUUAGUUUUGAAAAGGCUUCUGAAUAUAAUCUUGAUUGUCAAUGGAUUUCGUCCAUAGUAGCUCAAAUGUUUGUUACAUCUCUGCAGAAAAAGACUAGAAUAAAUGAUCAAAGUAUUGACUAUCUUGUUAAAUCACUCAAUAGUAAAGAUAAACAAACUUGUAUUCUAUCAGCGAAAUCAUUAUAUUUAGCUGCAGAAACUCAUGAAAUAAAGGAUCCAAUUCUAUUUGAACUAAAAGAAGAUAUAGAAAGUCGUAUACACGAUGUUUCUGUUUAUUUGACCUUAGCUUAUGUUCGAGGUUUAGCGACAUUAUCAUCAUCGUACGGCUUUAUCGCAGCAAGCCAUGUUAGUUAUUUACCGAGAAUCUAUGUAUUUGAAGAUUUACAAUUAGGCGAAGAAAAUUUUGCUGAUAAAGUCAAUAAAAAAAUUCUAUUUUUACUAUAUAACGAAGCUGCAAAUAAUCCAUUUGAAGAUGAUGUUUUCCGAAUUUUCGAUCAUAUUCUAUUGCUCGAAAAUGAGUAUCAAGUUGAAGCCAUUGAAAUACUACGUAAAUACUCAGCAAAUAAAUUUCUCAUUCCAGAUGAUACUGUAUCUGCGCUAGAAAAUGUCGUUACGACACCUGAACUAUUUAAUCAAGCUUUUCAAGUGAUUGAAAAUAUAAUUCAUAAUAAACAAAUCGUCAGUGAAAAAAUUCUCCGCAUCAUUGCCGAUAAUUUUUAUUUAUCACACGAUAAUAAACUAAGAGAGAGUUCCUAUUAUCUCCUAGAUAUGGCUAAUGAUAAUCAGGAUAUAUCUGAAAGAAUUUUCAAUAUAUUCGAAUUAGAAAAGGCUAGUCGCGCUAUCAGUUCAUAUUACUUGGAAGCUAAGUGUGCUAUUGCUUAUUUACUUGAGAAAACAAAGAAUGGACAUCGAUUAACAAUUAAUGGUUUUCGAGCAUUAGCACAAGUCAUCAACAUUCCAUGGAUAAUCGAUAAUGAUGUUUUGAAAAUUUUGUUGAAUGUUUCGAAUAAUGGACAAAUAAUACCUAUUGAUUUAGUCGGAAAACUAACGAGAAGAUUUAAUCCUUACAACGAGCAGCAUGAUUUCGUUCGAAUAUUUGAAAAUUUAGUGAAAAAUAAUCAAGACAUACCGAGUCAACUUUCAUCCAAAUUGACUAAAGCCUUGGAUAAUCCAUGUAUUCUUGAUCAAGUAUUAAUUAUUUUUCUGCUUCAAGGACAAAAAGUUAUAGAGAAGAAAGAUUAUUUUUCAGCUGAUACGAGAAGUCUUUUUGAUCGAAUCCUGCGUCGAAAAUCUGAUAAAAACAUAAUUGCUCGUAUUCAAACAGCAUUAGUUCAUGCUCUUAAAAUUGACAAUCAAGAUGUUAUUCGUAAAGCUAUCGAUGGAUUAAAAAUACUUAUAUCUCGUCACAAAGUUGUACCAGAAAAAGAAGCCAUAGAUAUUCUUCUAAAUCAAAAUGAUAAGUUCCGUAUAUUUCAUUGCGAUAUACUUGUAUGCAUUGCACUAACAUUAGAAGCUAAGAAAAUUUCUGAAUUGAAAUCAUUGGAAAUCAAUAUUUUCAAUGAUGAUGAAAUCAUUCGUUAUUGGUCAUUUCGAGGUUUAAGAGCAGCUUAUGAUAGAGGUUGUAGAUCUUCAGCAUUUCUACAGUGGUGCGAUCAUAUUAUUGAUAAACUUGAAGACAAUACGGAUGUUGAAGUUGACUUUGAUUUAGAUUUAUUCGAGACCGUUGCGGUGUUAAAAUACACUGAUUUUGAUAAAAUUUAUGGUAAACCACAAAAUCUAUGGAAUAGAGAGCUUUUAAUCUGUGAUUUAAUUGAACGAUUUCACAUAACUGAAGCAGAACGUUUUCAAUUCUAUGAAGUUUGGCUUGAUAUCGAAGAACAUAGAAAAGGUCAAAGUGAUAUAUUAUUAAAACUUUUACAUCGUUUUCUAGUAAAUAAUAAUAAUGUGCUCUUUACGGAAUGUUAUGAAACAGUAAAGAUUUUAGAUCAAAUUGAUUUCGACACUGCUCAUGACAUUUUGUUGCAUAGUAGCCAAGCAAUUGUCGAUUUGAGACAGGCAUACCUGACAGUUAUUAUUCAUCAAUGUUUAUUAAAUAGAGCUGGAGUCAGUGAUGAGUAUACUGAAGCUCUAGCAUCGAAUAUGAUGUCAAACUUUGGCUUUCAUCUAAGUCAAAAAUUUCUGAGUAGUUUACAAAGUAUCAGUAAUUUAUCAGAAUUCGAAAAUAUUUUGAAUUUUUCUAAAACAUAUCAUAUAAAAUCAUCGGAUAUUUAUGUGAAGAAUGCGACUGUUCCUAUACUAAAACGAUCAUUAGAAAUCAAAUUGUUGGGUAAUCAAAUAGAAAAAGCUGAUCGACUGAAAUUAGGUGUUUGUCUGGAUGAUUUGUUAGAUAAGAAUUGGGCUUUCGAGCAAUUAAAUCAUUUUUUCAGUAUUGUGAAAGAAUCAAAUAGUCGAGAAAAAGCACAAUAUUUUUUAUCUGUUCUCGAGAUUAUUUCACAUUAUAAAAUUCCUCCGAAAGAAGAAAACUAUGAAAAAAUAUCAAUAAUUCUAAAGAAUUCAUCUGAAGAUUGGCAAAAAGAGAUCAAUAAAAUUGCAAUUGAAACAAACUUCUCUGAUAAAGGUCAAGUUAAAAUGUCAAGAGAGUUAGUACAAGAGUUGCAAAGUAAAAAUUCACAAAAUGAAAAUUUGAAAACUUUCGAUGAAGAAAAACUAUUAGAUUUAAUAGAAAAAAUCAAAAGUUCAAACUUAUUAUCGUUAUUGUUCAAGAAUAUUAUAGAAAAAGACUCAAAUCCGAAGCAUCGAAUUCCUUCUAUUUCUAUCUCACAAUGGACAAAAGAUCAUAUUCAUCUAUGGGCAAAUAUAGUCAAAGCUUAUGCUACACUUUGUAUCGAUUCCGAAGAUUUCAUUAUAGAAGCUCUAGCAGUAAUCAAACAAGCAAACUUCAUAGAUACUGGAUUUCAUCUUACGGAUGCACAAAUUCUAAGCUGUUUGAUUGUUUUGAAUGCUAACAAGAACCAAGGUAGAUUACUACAAGUAGGAACUGGCGAAGGUAAAUCAACUAUUAUCAGUGUUUUAGCAGUAGUUUACGCCUUACUAGGAAGCACCGUGGAUAUCAUAACGAGUUCACCUGUACUAGCAGAAAGAGAUGCAAAAGAAAAAGAAAAUUUCUACAGUAUGUUUGGUCUUCAAUGUAGUCAUAAUAAUGAUAAAGCAGUGUAUCUAUCAGGUCCUAAGGUGUGUUACAGAAAACAGAUUGUUUAUGGUGAAGCAGCACAAUUUCAAUUCGAUACACUGAGAACAGAAUAUGCUGAAUUGAAUACAUUAGCCGAUAGGAAAUGUGAUGUUGCCAUCGUCGAUGAAGUCGAUAGUAUGCUUAUUGAUGAUAGUUCGAAAAUAGCACGAUUAGCAUCGUCUAUGUCAGGUAUGGAUCAAUUACAGAUAAUCUAUUAUCUAUUAUGGCAUCAACUUGUUUCUUUGCAAGAGAAAAUAAUUCGUUUAGAUAAUAAAAUGUAUUUAUUUUAUGGAAAAAUUAAGUUCGAAGAAAAACUAAUCACACUCGAAUAUGCAAAUGAACAAGGGAACAUUGUUACUAUUCCAGAUUUAAAAAAUCAUCUAGCCUCUACAUCUGAUAUAAGUAAUAUAGGAAAAUGUUUACCAGAAAAUGAUAAUGAAGAUGAAUUUAUUAAGGAGAACUUAGACAAUUAUAUUCGAACUUUCAUCAAGGAAAAUAUCAAAGUACCGAAAAAUUUCUCUGAUUUUGUUCAUUCACAAAUACCGAAAUGGAUAGAUAAUGCCAUUACAGCAUUGACCUAUCAAGAAAAUGUACAUUACAUUGUACAUGACGGUUUGAUAAAACCAGUCGAUUAUUAUAGUACAGGUAUUGUACAGAGUUCGUCGAAUUGGAGCGAUGGAUUACAUCAAUUUUUGCAAAUAAAACAUGAACUCAAAAUGACAUCGGAAACGUUUACGACAAAUUUUCUUUCGAAUCGAGGAUAUUUUACACGGUAUGGUUCGAAAUUAUUUGGCCUUACCGGCACACUCGGUUCGGAUAAAGCGAAACAAGUGCUAGGCGACGUUUAUCAUGUAGAUUUUGUUAGUAUUCCUAGUCUACGUCAAAAACAACAUCUUUCAUUACCUGACAUUGUAGUCAUGAACGAAAAAGAUUGGUUAGAAGAAAUUUGUCAUUCAGCAAUAAAUGAAUCGAGUAAAGAACGCGGAACUCUAGUUAUUUGUGAAACUAUCGAACAUACCAAAAGCAUAGCAGAAAAAUUGCAGCAAAAAUAUCGUUCUAGUGCGAUUAAACUCUAUACGAUGAAUGAUAUGAAUCAGGAGAAGAAUGUCGCAAAUAUAAAUCCCGGAGAAAUAAUUAUAGCUACGAACUUGGCAGGACGAGGUACAGAUAUAAAAACGGAGGAAAUAGAAAAACAUGGCGGUCUUCAUGUUAUUGUAACAUUUAUGCCGCCUAAUAAACGUGUCGAAGAACAAGCAGUUGGCAGAACAUCACGCCAAGGUAAACGAGGUACAAGUCAAAGAAUCUUAAAUGUAAUUAAUUUAAUAGAAUAUGAAGAUUUUGAUAUACAAAAAAUUACACAAAUCCGAGAUAGAAUUGAAACGAAAAUGUUAUGUGAUUUUGAAAGUUGUGAAUUGAAAGUCAUUACAUUGAAAGAUGAGCUUUUUAUUAAAUUUUGUUCGUUACUAAAAGUGAUACGCUCAAAAAUUAGGAAGAAAAUUAACUGGUGGACAAACGUAAAGAAUAAUGUAAAAAGUACAUUUGUACAUGUGGGUCCGUCUGUUGUUGAGAUGAAUACUUUACUCAGUAUUGAAGAACAAUGGGCUAUGUUUUUACGUAAAAUUGAUGAUGAAAAAUUUCCUAUCAAUAUAGAGAAAAUUCAUGCUGACUACGAAAAAUUUAGUGAAAAUAUACUGAGUAACUACGCCAAUGAUUGUGUGAUUAAGAACCCCUAUCAUUGUAUCAACAUAGGCAAUGAUUUAAUCAUAAACGAUUCAUCGCUGAAAAAUAAGUAUGAUGAAGCGAUGAAGCAUUUCAAUAAUGCUAUAGAGCUUGAUGCAAAUCAUUGUGCGGCAGCUUUCGUUGGUAAAGGCUGGUUAUUAAUAAAAGGUAAAGAACAACUUAUUGGCUCGAAUGAACAAGAGUUCGGCUAUAAGGAAGCAGCUAUGAGAGCAUUCCGUAGAGCACUUGAAAUCUUAGCUGAAGAAAUGGCUUUACUAACAUCAAUCCAAACACUUUUACAAAAGAGAUCGUUCAAUAUGAAUAGUCCUCUAUCGAAACAAUUAAUACAAAAAAUUAAUAUUUUAGGUAGCUAUUGCAAUAGUUUAGAAAAUGUCGUGAAUGUAAUUAGAAAAUCUCGCAGAUUAAUACAAAUCACGGAUAUCAUGGACUGUAAAAACAUGAAAACCGAUGCAGAUAAUAGUGGCGUAUUUAAAAAAGUCAUUACGCAUGAUGAAAUUGAGAAAGGUAUUGGGAAAUGGUGUAAUAUUCGUUUAAUUUCCUCUGAUCAGAGUGAUCGAUACAAAGCUUCGAUAGAAAAUUGUGACGAAGUUGGGAUCACAAAAGAAGAUGAAGAUAAAUUCAUAGUUAUUUACAAAAAUAGAAUAGAAAAUAAAAUAGCUAAAUGGACUAUAGAUGAUAUCCAAUUGAAUAAUUGGCUUUUAACCGUAACAUUUGAUGAGAGGAUUCUUGAUAGAAAUACAAAUUCUAAAAUUUACAAUAGAAUUUAUCAAAAAAUCGUUUCUGAAAACGGCUACGUUCGAGCAGACUUUUUAGCUCCUCUUCAAAUUUUAUCAAAAGAUCGAGAACAUGAAGUAACAUUCAAUGAUCUUACUGUGAGAGAAGAUAUGGGUACCAUUGAUCAAGCUAUUCAGACUAUAGAUCGGGCAAUGUCAAAACCUAACUUACUUGAUCGCUUGAGCAAUACAAAACGACGUAUUCUGAAUAGUGAUUAUAAAGAUAUUAGGAUCAGUAUAUCUCAGAUUAAUUCAGAAACAUUGAAAGAGCUUAUCAAUCCUAAUAUCGAAGUUCAGGAAGUUACAAAAGAGGUGGCUCUAGUAGAAUUAAAAGAUAAAAGUUCAUUUUUUCAUCGUCAUUUACUGCCGGAUUCUUUAUCUCCGGAUUCGUGUGCAGUUGAUAUAGAUAUUAUUCUUAACAACAAUAAAAUACAAGAAGAAUCUCGUUUACAAGUAAAAGAUGCAAUAAAAAUAAUUGAAAAGCAAACAGAAGAGAAUGUGCGCUUUAAUUUAACUUUUGUAUCUGCAAAUGAAGUAUCCAAAGUUUUAAAAACCGAAGUAAUAAAUGAUUCGAAACUCACUGUCGAAUUUCUUCAUUUGCAUAGAGAAAACAUUCAAGAGAAAUGUAGGAAAAUAAAAUCCGAAAACAUUAAUCUUGAAAUAUUCGAUAGAAAAGAACAAUUAUUAGAAGUUCUUCGUUCUGUCCACAUACAAGGCAUUGAAUUAUGCACGUUUCAAAACGAAGAAAAGAAUGCUGACAAUAUCAAAGAAUUAGUCGAUAAGACAACAGCAGAGAAAAAAAUCGAAGAAAAUAAAGAGGAUCAUAUGUGGAUAAAAUUAAUUGAUUUAAAUACACAAACAAUUGAAAAUAUUGUUUCAAUUUGUCCGAAUGCAAAUUUUAAUAUUCAUUUCAUUAAUAUAGAUUUCGACAAUCUGUUGAAUGGACUAAACGAUGAAUCUAUCAAUGUUCAUUUUGAUCAAUUAGGAAAGGAAAUGGCUCAAACUUUAAUAAAACAAAUAAGAAAAAAAAAUCUAGAUUUUAGUUUAGUCUUUAAGCAUUUGUCAAAUGUUCAAGCACAAAGACUAAUAGAAAUAGCUCCCAUCGAUCAAGAAAAUAUAGAAAUAAAUAAAGUCAAAUCUUUAAGUGAAUUAUUUAUGAGCGAUUCAAAGCCAGACUUAGAACUUUCAGAAUUUUCAGGACGAGGAAUCGAAUAUCUACUUGAAAUUAGCGAGAAGAGAUUUAUUCCAUGGCUAAGUGUUGCUAGCGUAGCUAUCCUAGGCGUUGUUCAAAUAGCAGUAGGUGCUGCUCUUAUUUGUACGGGAUUCGGAGCUACUGUAGGAAUGGGUCUGGUUACUGAAGGAGCUGCAGAUUUGUUUACUGCCUAUCGAGCUUAUAGUACGAGACAAUUUAGUUGGUCUGAUUAUGGUAAACAAAAAGCAGUAAGUCUAGUUAUUUCAGCUGUUUCAAUGGGAUUCUCAUCGAUUAAAGAUGCAGCUAAAGGAGCUCAGACGGUUGUGACAGGAGCAGGACAAGAACUACUUGAGCAAGCUGGUACAAAGUUAAUAACUAGUGGAAAAUCAGCAGGUACAACAUUAAUUCAGACAGGAAAAAACUUGAAAAGUCUAGCGGUCAAGUUCACUGGUGUAACUAUUGGCGAAGCUGCACUAAGAGAAGGUUUGAAUAAGAUUGUAGAUAUUGGAUCGAAUUUCGUAUUAGAACAAAUGAAACCACAGAUUUCGGCGUCCAUACAAAAUCGAGUAAAUAGCAAAUUUACUGAAUCUGAUCUAUUCAAAAUAGUUCGUAAAAUGUAUGCAAUCGACCUAAUGAGUCGAAAACAACAAAUGAAAGGAAAAAUUCACAGAAUAGUCAUCGAAAUAAUUAAUCCUGAACAUAGUUUCUGGCGUAAACAGUGGAACUCCAUUGGCGGUCCUUUAUGUAAAGGUAUGCUUUCAAGUGUCGAGAAAAUACGCAGUCCAGCAAGUAUGAGUAUUAGAAUACUUGGCACCCUGAAUGGAAUGUAUGAAAUUACGUUUAUUAUUCAAAAUGUUCAUGAUAAACUCUUAAAGAAGCUUACAGACAUAGAUCGAGAUACUUUGUCCAUGUAUCAGGUUCUAAAUCACUAUUGUAUGAUCAGCAAAGAAGAUACAAAAGAAAUUCUAAGUCUUCUUGACGACCAAGGCAUCGUAGAAUUCAAUGACGAAUUAGAAAAUAAGAAUUUUCCGAAUAGAUUAAAUAAAGUUGACUUCAAACAAUUUAAUAGGCAUAAAGAAACGAUCAUAAAAUUUUUCACUUCAUUACAUGAAAAUAUAUCGAACGUAGUAAUCGAUGAUUUCAAUGAAAUCAUGAAAUUAGUAUCCGAUACGAUAACAGAACAAGUAUUUCGAAUAACACAAUCACAACUUAUUUCUCCGUGGAGUACUUAUGGUAUGGGUGAAUUGACAAAGGCUAUUUCAGAAAGAGUACAGCAUCAUUUUAUUGUUGAUACGAAUCAAAAUUCCGAUAGUCAAAAUCGAGAAAAUCAACAACUUGAAGCAGAAAAAGGUGGAAGUAAAUAUAACACUAUUGCAAAGCAAAUUAGAUAUAAUGCUAAGGAUUAUACGAUUGCAUAUAGUCAAUGUGAUAUUAUUUAUCAGUCUCAACACCCACAACAGCGAGAUGUACAUAACACUGGAACAGUCGAUAAAAACACAAAAGAAUAUAUUGAAGAAGUAAGAAGCGAUAAACCAGCAAAUCUUUCUGAUAUGAUGGCACUUGCUGCGGAAAAUAACUUAGAUAUAAAAAUAGUAGAUGAUGAGAAUUACCAGCCUACGGAAGAGGAUAAGGCACAUGGUACAAACAUUAUAGUAUACACGCAAGGAACAGCAGAUGCAAAUGGAAAUGUUGGUAUAGGACAUUUUCAACUUAUGUCAGGAGAUGGUACUCUUAUUGAUAUUCCAAGCGAGAAAAAUAAUUGUGGUUAUACUGUUAUUCAGAAAAUAUUAAAUGAUAAAAAUGUCGAUAAAUCUAUCGACGAUCUUCGUAAUGCUCGAGCCCAAAGCAUAGAAACGAAUCCUAGUCAGUUUUCGAAAAUAGAGAAAGUACAACAAUGGAUCCAAUAUCAUCAUCCACGAGAAGCAAAUGCUUUAUUAAUCACAGGAGGAGCUCAGCUACAGCCUUCUUUCCAGGAGAUGUACACGUCUGAUACAUAUCCACGUGCAGGUAAGUACGGUCGUUUAAAUAGAAUACUCAGAGGACGAAAGAGAAUUUUUGAACUAAAUCACAUCCCUCCAAAAGCUUCACGUAAAGGUACACCCUACGAAAAUAUAAGCGAAUAUAGUAUGCCAGCUAUGGUCAUGUUUGUGGAAGAUCAUGUAAAAGCUGCUUCAACAGGAAGAAGUCGAGAGGCAUCUGAUUAUCAUGAAACUAUUCAUCAACAUCUUCAAAACGGAGAUAUGUAUAGUGCAUUACAGUUGGAACUAAGCAAUAUGUUGGAAGUUAGUGGUGCGAGAAGAGAGUAUUAUAAAAACAAUAUUUCCGAAUACAUUGACUAUGUAUCAUCCACACCUUUGAAGAAUGCACCACUCAAUAGAGAAGGUACAAGAACUCUGAUAACACAGGAUGAAGCAACUCGCUUGCGAAGAGAACUGUUUCUGUAA